UUCGGCAACCUUCGGGUCCCCAUUGGCUCCCAUUAACUGCCCUCGGCAACCUUCGGCUCCCUUCGGCAACCCUCGGGUCCCCUCGGCAACCUUCGGCUCCCAUUAACUGCCCUCGGGUCCCCUCGGCAACCUUCGGCUCCCCUCGGCAAUUUCCGCCUCCCCAUUGGCUGCCUUCGGGUUGCUCUCGGGUCCCAUCGGCAACCUUCGUGUCCCAUUGGCUCCCAUUAACUGCCCUCGGCAACCUUCGGCUCCUUUCGGCAACCUUCGGGUCCCCUCGGCAACCCUCGGCUCCCUUCGGCAACCUUCGUGUCCCCAUUGGUUCCCAUUGUCUCCCCUCGGCAACUUUCGGCUGCCCUCGGCAACCUUCGGGUCCCCAUUGGCUCCCAUUGGCUGCCCUCGGCAACUUUCGGCUCCCUUCGGCAACCCUCGGGUUCCCUCGGCAACCUUCGGCUCCCCUCGGCAAUCUCCGUCUCCCCAUUGUCUCCCUUAUAUUCGCCCUCGUGAAUCUCCGUCACCCCUCGGCAACUUCCGCCCCCCCCUUUAACUAACACUGCAAUUCCCCUCCGGUCCUCCAGGCGGCGCUGUGUCUGCGAUGACCCCAUGGAGCCGCUCUAUCCCCCUCCUUCCUGCUUUCCUCGCUUUCACUCUCUCGUGCGCGGGGCCUUUCCCGGAAGUGAAGCGGCCGCCAUUAAACGUCGCCAUAGUGUUACGCGGAUCCCCGAUCCCGAGCGAUCUUUUAAACCCUCCGUUCCCACCGGGGGUGACUCCGGUACCUUUAAGGAUGGACGAAGGGGAUCCCAGGAGUUUAUUGGUCCGGUUAUGUGACCUGUUGUCGUCGUUAAAGCUGCACGGGGUGGUGUUUGACGACAAGGCCGGAGCCGAGGCCGUGGCCCAUAUCUUGGACUUUGUGUCGGCUCAGGCCGCGGUGCCCAUAGUGGGAGUCAGCGGGGGGGCGGCCACUGUCAUGGCGCCCAAGGAGCCCGGCUCCACGUUCCUUCAGCUCGGUUCGUCCACGGAGCAGCAGCUCCGCGUGAUCUUCGAGCUGUUGGAGGAAUACGACUGGACCACGUUCUCCGUUAUCACCACCUUAAGGCCGGGCCGCCGCCAUUUUACCUCCGCCAUCGACGCCAUCACCGACGGCAGCUUUAUAGGCUGGGAUCAUAGAGGCGUCACCACCAUAGACCCCAAUGGAGAUGACCCGGAUGGAAGAGAGCUAGAGCGUCGCCUACGGGAAGUGACGUCACGAGUCCGCCUGCUUUAUUGUUCCGCCGAUGAGCUGCGUUAUGUGUUCCGGGCUGCUCGCGCUGCCGGUGUCGCUGGUUCCGGUUACGUUUGGUUCUCGGUCGGUGCCGGUUUGGGGUCGGAUGAGGAUCCGGUGAUGGAGGAGGCACCGGAUGGGUUGUUCGUGGUGUUGGCUGCAGCAUGGAGGGACCCUUUGGGAGAGAGAUUAAGGGCCGGGAUGGCGGUGGUGGCGGAAGGGACGGAAGCCAUGAGGAGGGAACGGAGGGAAGGCGGAAGCGGAAGUGAUGGAGGAGGGGACUGCAGGGUGCCCCAUAUCCGCACUGUGUGCAGGUAUUUCCGUAACGUGACGUGGCAGCGGCGCCGUUUGUCGUUCAAUGCUGACGGUUACUUGGCCGACCCCGAACUCGUCGUCAUCGCGCUGAGCCAGGAGCGGGCGUGGGAGGUGGUUGGCAGCUGGCAUCAUGGCGCCCUGGAGCUGCGCCACCCCGCGUGGUCGCGCUAUGGCCGCAUCCCGCAGCCCGGCUCCGACAGCCGCCAUUUGUCGGUGGCCACGUUGGAGGAGCGGCCAUUCGUCAUCGUGGAACACACCGACCCAAUCACAGGGACCUGCAUCCGCGACGCCGUGCCAUGCAGGCGGCCAAUCAACCGCACACACACCUCAGCCCCCUGGUCCCCGUUUGAGAAGCGCUGCUGUAAGGGUUUCUGCAUCGACCUAUUGAAGCGCUUGUCCCGCUCCGUGUCCUUCACGUACGACUUGUACCUGGUGACCAACGGGAAACACGGCAAGAAGAUCAACGGGGUCUGGAACGGGAUGGUGGGGGAGGUGGUGUCUGGCCGUGCGGACAUGGCCAUUGGUUCGCUGACUAUUAAUGAAGAGCGCUCUGAAGUGGUUGACUUUUCAGUGCCAUUUGUUGAGACUGGGAUCAGCGUCAUGGUGGCACGGAGCAACGGGACCGUGUCACCAUCGGCNNCCAUAGAGCCGUACAGCCCGGCCGUGUGGGUGAUGAUGUUUGUGAUGUGUCUGACCGUCGUGGCCGUCACCGUCUUCGUCUUCGAGUAUUUCAGCCCCGUCGGAUACAACCGCAGCCUCAGCAGCGGCAAGCGUGCCGGUGGCCCCACAUUCACAGUGGGUAAGUCUGUUUGGCUGCUGUGGGCCCUGGUGUUCAACAACUCGGUUCCGGUGGAGAAUCCUCGCGGUACCACCAGUAAAAUCCUGGUGCUGGUCUGGGCCUUCUUCGCCGUCAUCUUCCUCGCCAGCUACACCGCAAACCUGGCGGCAUUCAUGAUCCAGGAGGAGUACGUGGAUACCGUGUCUGGGCUCAGCGAUAGGAAGUUCCAGAAGCCGCAGGAGCAGUACCCCCCCUUCCGCUUCGGCACCGUCCCCAACGGCAGCACCGAGAGGAACAUCCGCAGCAACUACCCCACAAUGCACACCCACAUGGCGCCAUACAACCAGAGGGGGGUCGAGGACGCGCUAAGGCACCUCAAGGCCGGGCGAUUGGACGCUUUCAUUUACGACGCUGCCGUGUUGAAUUACAUGGCCCGGAAGGACGAGGGCUGUAAAUUGGUGACUAUUGGAGCCGGGAAAGUGUUCGCCAGCACCGGGUACGGGCUGGGGCUGCAAAAGGGAUCCCCAUGGAAAAGGGCCAUGGACCUGGCACUGCUACAGCUGCUG